AUGGGGACAACUGGGAGAUCUGGCCCCGGCUUUAUAGCCGACGAGCAGCGGCUGAACGUCAUCCUCAGCCGCCAGAAGAGUGGGUUGCUGGUUGUUGAUGACAUUGACGACGCCGGGUCCUUGGGCAAGGACAAGAAGAAGAAGGGCAAGGGCACGCAGAUGGUGACAUUCGGCGCCAAUGGAGAAGCCAUAUAUGUCGGUAGCGAUACCCUCGGGAACAUGUACAAGGCGUUGAUGGACUGUCAACUCACCACCACUUCUGAGGAGCUCAAUCAGAAAGCCAAUAGGCUAGAGAUCAAGUCAAAAAGCGAUGUGGUAACUGCCGCGGCCAACGAGUGUCUACAAGGACAGAUCCAGCUCCUCAACAGCCUGGUCAACAUAGCAUGGGACGCCCUUCCUCCAACCUUUCAACGGGCAAUGAACCAAAAGUUCCCUGAAUCCUUUGACUUGAAAGAGCGUGUACAAGUCGGGACCUCUCUUCUGAAAUCGCCUCCUUCUCCAAAGGUCGUCGCUUCGCAAGCACCCGUGUACAAGGCGCCCGACAUGACUAUCGACAGCGCCUUCACCAACACGGCCAUGAGGAACUUUUCGGUCAGCGAUUGGAACCAGCUCCGCACAAUCCUCCGCCAUGUACCACUCUGCCACCCCUUCUGGAGAGUCUAUGCGUCCCUUGGCAAAGAGAUAUGGGAAGGGGAAUGGGAUACGUCCAUUAUCCCCCAAGUUCCUCUGGCAGAGUUCGACGUUGACCUGCUACCUCUUCGACAAUGGAUGGACGGCGACGUUAGAGAACAAUUCGGCUGCGCCGAGUGCUCCAUGCCCUCUCUCAAUGCUGGCCAACUUGUUCAACACCGCCGGGACUGCCACAAUCUCUUACACUCCAGCCAUUCAGCAGAAGAGGCCCAUACCGGCCAGGACGCUGUAGAUCAAGAUUGCUGGGACACGAAACACCAGAAUGACAAAGAAGGUCUAACUCCUCUUAAAAAUUAG